UCCCAGGGCGUUGGCUUGACCAGACCAGGGUCCGAGAGACCCCGGCGUCACCUUUAUAUUGUCUUUUCCCUCGAAGCUGAGGCGUAUCUCUCAUGGCGAUCUCUUCCCAGCGUAGGAUCUGUGUCUCCUGGUUUAGUUUUUUCGCGCGCUGCGAGCGCCCUGACACCAGUCCCUCUGGACAGGAAGCCAUUCCUGGUGACACCAGGUUGAAAACUGUCCAGGGUGUUGUGACAAGAUACUGCAGUGAUUAUGGCAUGAUUGAUGAUUUGAUCUACUUCUCCAAUGAGGCUGUGACUAGCAAAGUGCUUCUAAAUGUCGGACAGGAAGUUAUUGCAGUUGUGGAAGAAAAUAAGGUGUCAAAUGGACUGAAAGCAAUCCGGGUGGAAGCUGUCUCGGAUAAAUGGGACGAUGACAGCAAGAGCCACGGUGGGGGGCUCUCGGACUCCAGCCCCCGGGUGCUGAUCGGCUGCGUGACCUCGCUGAUGGACCGCGAGGGCUACAUCAGCCAGACCACGUACUUCUCCCUGGAGAGUGUGUGUGAAGGUUUCGAGCCCUGCAAGGGAGACUGGGUGGAGGCUGAGUACUGGAUCCGGCCAGGCACAUGGAGCAGCGAGGCCAUCUCGGUGAAGCCGCUGAGGCACAAGCGCGUGGACCGGGUCUGCGUGUCCAGCCUUUGUGGGAAGAAUGGGGUGAUCGAUGAUUGCAUCUUCUUCACCUUGGACUCCCUGAAACUUCCGGAAGGCUACAUGCCCCGCAGGCAUGAUGUGGUCAGCGCAGUGGUGGUGGAGAGCAGCCAGUCCUGCUACGUGUGGAGGGCACUGUGCAUGACCCCAGUGCAGAGGUGGGACUCCUCUCCCGCCACGGGGACUGCUGAAGAGGCCUAUGGAGCCCUUUUGCUCAAAAACAAAGGUGGCAUUGAAGUCACAAGGAUGACAAAUUUUGGAACUCUGAAAGAAGGAGAAAGCAAAGAUAUGGUGAUCUGUAUAGAGAAUAAAGGAGAUGUUCCUCAAAACUUGGUCAGCUGCAAGCUGGGUGGCUGGGAUAAAGCUCGACAGCUGCGGCUUCAGACGCUGGAGAAGACCCGACUGGGCCCCGCAGCGCCUCCUGCUUGCGUUCCUGCGGAGGAGAAGGGUGUUGCAGAUGGAAGCAUUAGCUCGCCAGGCCGCUGCGGGGGAAGCACAGCCGGGCAGCCCCCGGGGGGCAGCUCGGUGAACAGCGGAGGAGUCUCCUCAGGUGACUGUGCCUGUAAUGGAGAAACUGGACUAAAGCAGGAGAACACACCACAGAAGCAGGUGACAGAGUCCGAACCCGCUGGGCUCAUCCCUCCAGGGGGAGAAACUCGGAUCGUGAUCACCUGUGAUGCGAAGAAUUCUGGCCGCUGCAGGGAGCUCCUUCUGCUUUGCUUCUCCAAUUUCAUAAUCGGGCGAUACCUUGAAGUAAAUGUUGUAAGUGAGGAGGAGUCACUGAUAGCUGUCCGCGAACCCUUUUCGUGGAAGAAGUCUAAAAGUUCCCAGGUGUUAGCUUCCACCAAAACCACAGUCGUCGUGACCACACAGAAAAGGAACUCACGACGACAACUUCCCAGCUUCCUCCCGCAGUACCCGAUACCAGACAGGCUUAAAAAGUGUGUGGAACAGAAAAUUGACAUCCUGACCUUCCAGCCGCUGCUUGCAGAGCUUUUGAAUAUGUCAAACUACAAGGAGAAGUUCUCAACCUUGCUCUGGCUGGAGGAGAUUCAUGCAGAAAUAGAACUGAAGGAGUAUAAUAUGAGCGCGGUCACCUUGAAAAGAAACGGGGAUCUGCUCGUUCUGGAAGUCCCAGGACUGGCUGAAAGUCGGCCUUCUCUGUAUGCAGGUGAUAAACUGAUUUUAAAAACCCCAGAGUACAAUGGACACGUGAUUGAAUACAUCGGCUACGUGACUGAGAUUCAUGAAGAAGAUGUAACUCUUAAACUUAAUCCAGAAUUUGAACAAGCAUAUAACUUUGAACCUAUGGAUGUGGAAUUUACAUACAACAGGACCACCAGCAGACGAUGCCACUUUGCUCUUGAACAGGUCAUCCACUUGGGGGUAAAAGUGUUGUUUCCAGAAGAAAUCAUUUUACAGCCUCCCCAGGUGACAUGGAAUUGGACCCAUGCACAAGACACCAAAAAUGAUGGACAGUCUACCUCCAAGAAUAGGAAAGCCAUGAAGGACCAAACUAAGCAAGCCCCAGAGGAGCACCAGGCAGGUGCCCAGAACACACCAGGGCCACAGGCCUUCGCCACAGAGAUCAGCAGGCUGGUCAGUGGAUCCCCGAAGGCGAGAGAAAAGGAGUUUUUCAACCCCAUGCUCAACGAGAACCAGAAGCUGGCAGUGAGGAGGAUCCUGAGCGGAGACUGCCGCCCAAUCCCCUACGUGCUUUUCGGGCCUCCAGGGACAGGGAAGACGGUGACCAUCAUAGAGGCCAUCCUGCAGGUCUUCCAUGCUCUGCCGGACAGCCGGAUCCUGGUGUGUGCACCCUCCAACAGCGCGGCCGACCUUGUGUGCCUGCGGCUUCACGAGAGCCGGGUGCUGCGUCCGGGCACCAUGGUCCGCGUGAAUGCCACCUGCAGGUUUGAGGAGACUAUCACAGAGGCCCUCAGGCCGUACUGCAGAGACGGGGAAGACGUCUGGAAGGCCUCUCGCUUCAGGGUGGUCAUCACCACCUGCAGCAGCGCAGGACUGUUCUACCAGAUAGGCUUGAGAGUCGGACACUUCACGCACGUGUUUGUGGAUGAAGCGGGCCAGGCGAGCGAGCCCGAGUGCCUCAUCCCCCUGGGGCUGGUCUCGGACGUCAGCGGCCAGAUUGUCCUGGCUGGAGACCCCAUGCAGCUGGGACCAGUCAUCAAGUCCAGACUUGCCAUGGCCUACGGGCUGAACGUCUCCAUGCUGGAGAGACUAAUGUCCCGACCAGUGUACUUGCGUGAUGAGGACGCUUUUGGGGCCUGCGGCGCCUACAACCCCUUGUUGGAGCCCCAGCACCUGGAGCUCAGAGCGCUGUGCCUGUGACUGCCCCGUGCACGGGCAAGAGGAGGUUCCCCUCUGGACUUGGAACAGAAGAGCAGGUGCAGGGAUCGUGGGCGGUGGUCCGAGCAAGGCCUGGGGCCUAUUCCACAUUCCAGGCCCUUUCUGCCAGAGGGCAGGGCGGGCAGGUGGGCACAGGGUGGUGAGAUGGCGGGCAGGGGUCCAGGCCAGCACAGCAGGCCCAGCCUGGCCGAGGGAGAAGUCGUGCUGCCGAGUUUUGGGGUUUUGACAAGAGUCUCGGAGGCUGGAAUUGUGAUGACUCAGUAGAAGGGUGUCAGCCAGAGAGUCCCGGGCCUCUGGCCUUCCCACCCCAGGAGCAGGAAAGACAGGAAUGAACUUCCUGGACAGUUGAAGCAGGAAACAAAGCUUUCCUUACUGCAUGUCCUGGUGCUCCACCCCCGGUGGCUCUCAACAAGGUCCUGGGCAGCCUCAAGAGACGCAACACCCACCGCAGCAGAUCUAAGACCAGGCUCCCCAGGCAGCUCUAACAGCCGGGCUCCCAUGGCCUGGAUCAGGGUGCAGCUUGGAGGCAGCCGCAGCCCCCACAGGGGCCCUGUCUCCCAGCACAGGUCCCCCAAGCGCUUCUGAGGCAGGAGCUGGGCGCAGGUGCAGGGCCCU